UUGUCAUGUUUUCUUUCUAAUUUCAGUGGAACUUAAUUAAAACUUUCUUUGUUAAUAUUAAUAUCAUAUCUUUUAAUUAAAUAAAGCAAUAUGUGGAAAUUGCUGUACGCAUCGCCUCGGAUACAAAAUGUUUUAAAGGUUUCGCUGCAAAAGACCUCUUCAACUUUAAGAUUUUGUAACAAUGGUGCUAAAAAUUUAGUAACAAAAGUGCCACCAAUUUUAAAAUCCAAACCUGUAUAUAAUUUCUCAUUAAUAACCAAGAUAUCACUUGGCCUCAGUGGUGCUAUAUUGACAAAGGUUUACCUAAACAAUAAUAAUGUCUUAUGUGAAGCAAAAAGUACCCGGAUGGCAGGUUAUAAGAAGGAUGAAAAAGAGGCAUCAUUCAAUUGGAAAAUGUUUUGGGAAUAUCUCAAACCACAUCUGCUCUAUUUUCUAGCUGCCAUUACUGGUGCUUUAGUUGUGGCUAUUUUGAAUAUUCAAAUACCUCAGGUCAUGGGUGGAGUAAUAAAUGUAAUUGCCAAGUUUACAGAUGUUAAAGACAGUGAAGUGUUUAUGAGGGAGAUGAAAUUGCCUGCAUUUAAACUGGUUGGCAUGUAUUUAGCUCAGUCUUUCUUCACGUUCUUUUAUAUUCACAUGUUGUCAAACAUUGGAGAAAAGAUUGCUUAUAAGAUGAAAACUGAUUUGUUUUCAGCAAUUAUCAGACAAGAUAUUGAAUUUUUCGAUCAUCAUAGGACUGGGGAAAUCAUCAAUAGAUUAACAUCUGAUAUUCAAGAAUUUAAAAGCAGUUUCAAGCAAACUGUCUCAGGUGGCCUGAGAGCUGCUACUCAGAUUGUGGGAUGUGCAAUUUCUCUAGUUCUGAUUUCUCCACACAUGACUUUUGUAACAAUGCUGUGUGUUCCAACUAUAAUUGCUGUUGGUACAGGAUUUGGCUCAUUGCUUAGGAAUACCUCUAGAAAGGCUCAAGCCCAAAUUGAAAAAACUACUGCAGUUGCAGAUGAAGCUGUGGGUAAUAUAAGAACAGUGAGGGCUUUUGCAAUGGAAGAAACCGAGAAGGAAUUGUUUGAUUCUGAAGCUGAAAUAGCAAUGGUUUUGAAUCAGAAGCUAGGAUUUGGCGUUGGGUUGUUCCAAGCUGGUACAAGUUUGUUUUUAAAUGGAAUGGUUUUGGCUACAUUGUAUAUGGGUGGAUAUUUAUUAUCCACCAAUCAAUUGUCUCCUGGUGAAAUGAUGGCAUAUUUAAUGGCCACCCAGACGAUUCAAAGAUCGUUGGCACAAAUUUCUUUACUCUUUGGUUCAGUCAUUCGUGGAGCUGCUUCUGGUUCCAGAGUUUUUGAAUACAUCAAUUUAAGUGCAAAAAUGAAUUUAACUGGCGGUGAAAUAAUUCCUUAUCAUUCCUUGCGAGGUGACAUUGUAUUCAAGGAUGUUGACUUUGCAUAUCCCAGUAGGCCAGAGCAUGUGGUAUUGGAUAAAUUUAAUCUGGAAGUACCAGCUGGUAAAACUGUAGCCAUAGUUGGUUCUUCGGGUAACGGAAAAUCUACUGUCGUAGCUUUAUUGGAACGGUUUUAUGACGUUAAAGAUGGUUCCAUUACGCUCGAUGGAAAGGAUAUACGGACUUUAGAUCCUAGUUGGUUAAGGCAAAGGGCUUUGGGGUUAAUCAGUCAAGAGCCAAUUUUGUUUGGAACAACGGUCUUGGAGAAUAUAAGAUACGGAAAACCAGACGCUUCCGACCAAGAAGUGAUUGCGGCGGCAAAAAUGGCCAAUGCUCAUGACUUCAUCAGUGGUUUUCCUAAAGGUUACGACACUUUAGUUGGUGAAAGAGCUGCAGCUCUUUCAGGUGGACAAAAGCAAAGGAUUGCUAUUGCCAGGGCUUUGCUCAAAAAACCCAGUGUAUUAAUUCUGGAUGAAGCAACGAGUGCUCUUGAUACUGAAUCUGAAAAGAUAGUUCAAUCGGCGUUGGAUAAUGCCAGGAUGGGACGCACAGUUAUUGUAAUUGCACAUAGACUCUCUACCAUUCAAAAUGCGGACGUCAUUGUAGUUUUAAAUAAAGGAAGAGUUGUAGAGAUGGGUACGCAUGAAUCAUUGAAGAAACUAAAGGGAUACUAUUAUUCCUUAACUUUUGAUCAACAAAACCGCUCACCGGCCGGAUAAGUUAAGCCAAAUAUUGUUAAUUUAUUUGUUGUUGAAUAAAUAUUUUGUUAAUUUUA